AUGUACAAUGCAAGACAAGCUUACGCGCCAACGCCGCACAGCUACAUACCAAACACCACCCUCUCUGCAACUAUAAAUUUGGACGAGGAGGUCAAACUUACGGGAACGAGAGCUGAAAGGGAUCUUCAAGACUCUCUCGCAGAAGUCUUUAGUAUCGUUAUUACACUCGACGAGAUCGAAAAAGCAUAUCUGAAAGAUGCGAUUCCGGAAGCCGAUUACACCGAAAUAUGCGACAGGUUACUAAAACAAUACCGAGCUAUCUUGACGGACGAAGCAGUCGCCCGGGCUUUUGUUGACUUAGAGACAUUUAAAGCAUCAUGGGAUAUGGAGGUCCCAAGAGCCACGGAACGAAUUCGAAUUGGGAUGCCUAGUACAGUCACUGCACCUUCGCACAACGCGACGGCUACGAACAGUAGCGGAACAAACGGCCCUCUCAUCGUGGAAGCUGCACAGGAUUUUAUCACUUUCCUAGAUGCGCUCAAGCUUGGACUUCUAGCCAAGGACCAACUGCACCCUUUGCUCACAGACGUCAUUCAAAGCGUGAACAAGGUUACGGACGGAGAUUUCGAGCACCGGGGCAAGAUUGUGCAGUGGUUGAUAACCUUGAAUCAAAUGAGGGCAUCGGAGGAAUUGACUGAAGAUCAGUCUCGAGAAUUGGAGUUGGACAUGAAUGCCGCAUAUCAAGGCUUCAAAGCCACUUUGACAUGA